CGCUAGUGGAGAGCGGCGACAGCGAGUUCGCGUUGUCGCGUCGAGUUCAAAGGACGUAUUGCGUCGUUCGCAUCAAAAUGUUACGAUUUCACAUAUCGAAAACUUCAGUGCCUUAAAUUUAACGACUGAUAUUUUUAUAUAGAAAAUAUUUUAACAGUUUUUCCGUGUUACGUGCCAGUUUUAACUUUGUGUUGUGCGUGUUUUACGAAUAAUAGGCUUCGAUUUUUCACAAUUGAGUGCACAAUGCAAACGAUUUUGAAUUUUAUGUCUACGUUUAGUGUGUGCGAUUUGGUACUGUUGGAAAAAUGUUGACAGGAUUCCUUGUGGUUUCUCUUGUAGUUUUAAAUUUAAUUUCGACAGGGCUUAGUUCUAGUCUACUAUGUGGUCGUACGAAAGAGGUGGAGGUUGGGAGCAAUGUCGGCACAGGCGCAGCCCUCGCGCUAGCUCUUGUGCGGCCGCCGUCGACCGCGCCCCUCUCGCCCUGCCAGCUGAAACUCAACGCACCAGACGCUGCGGCGUUCACUGUCAGACUUAUUGAUGUCAAGGAAUCGAUGUCGGACUGGGACCGUGGGUUCAGCGAGUUGGAUGCGCCGGCGCCGGUAGCCGGCGCCCCGGGCCGCAAGUGGAGCGCGAGGAAUGCGCACGCGCAAGACACCGCCACCGACCAGUCAGCGCCACUCGCCAACAACACUGACGCUUGCAAGUUGCUCAUUUACAUUGGCGAAGCGAAGAAUCCAAUAUGGCGCCUACAGCUGUGUGGCGGGAACGCGGCUUCCAUUGCCGCGAGAGCGGGGGCUAAGUUGUUACCCCCGAAAAUCAGGAUCGUGUGGAACCCGCCUACUUCUCCUUACCAGCACACGGAGAAGCUACGACUGGUGGUCACAGCAGUUAAUAGUGGGGCAACGUGCAAUAAUGAAUCUCAAUUCGUAUGCGGAGUGACGGGUUUAUGCAUAUCGUCGUAUUUGGUGUGCGACGGUGUGAAGCACUGUCCUGGCGGGGAGGACGAGGACUCCAGCGCCUGUUCUCACAGGCGAGACCCUCCGCUCCUCGAGCUACUAAGAAGAUUCGCGGCGAGGAACCAGGAGCUAUUAGGCCUGGACCAACCAGAUGGACAGACGAAGCCGUCAGUUAUUAUGAAAAUCUCCGAAGGGGAACAGAAGUCGAAUGCGUUCAUGGAAUUCGCAGCGGCGUUGAAGCCGUACGGCCCGUGGAGCUACCUGGUGGUCGGCAUGCUGGUCUGCGCCACUAUACUCAUGUUCUGCUUGGCAUGGGAAUGCUGCUGCAAACGGUCCAAGCCGUCGGACACUCCCAUCAACAUACCGCCGCAGUGCAUCGACCUCUCCCCGACGGUGACGGUCACGGCCGCCUCCCAGCAGCUGUUCACCCAGCCCCUGCCGCCCUCCCCGCCGGAGUACGAGCCGCCACCUUCGUACUCCUCGCUGUUCCCGCGAGCCUUCAAGUCCUCCCCCACACCGGUACCACACUGCUCCCACCAGGAGCCCCCGGAUUGAAUGGCGAACGAUUACUGUAAAAAUUAGUUAGGUAGAUAUUUUAAUUAAUUCCAUGUAGUGUAGUGGUAGGUGCACAUUUUUUAAUAAUAGUAAUAAUCAUCUGAACAUAGGCCUUCCUCACAAAGGAGGUUUGGCCUUAUUUUAAUACAUAUGCCAAUUUA